UUUCAUAGUUUUCUUCACCCAUCAUCAAGGAGUUAAGAGUCAGUAGAACUCCCAGAAAAUGUAUCAUAUUAUUAAAAACCCUGUUUAAGCUCUCAGAAAAUGUGUGUAUAGGAGGUUUGUUGCCCUCUGCCAGAGCACAAAAGGAGGAGACCACAGCGUUGCCUUAUGCAGUCCCAUUCUGAAUGGUUGCCACAAGCUCUCCCAAGUUUUUGCAUAGAUAUCCAUGAAUUGGAGGUGAUUUCUUUAUUAAAUUCCCUUAUUAUAUCAUUCUGAGAAUCAUGUUUACAAGAUUUAACAUUUGAAAUAUAAACUAUGUACAUAGAUAUAAAAGAUGACAUGUGCCCACCCUCCCUGCCCAGACACGUAUCACAUUGCAAAUCUCAGAGAAUCCUAUUUUGACCCUAAUCUUAUCAUUUUUCUAAUUAUUGUUAAUUUGAUCAUUGGUAUUGCUAUUAACCCUUUGCCACCAGGUGGCACGUACAUACAUGCCAUGACAUGCCUGAACUAUAUUCCAUAUAGCACCUGCGCAUGUGCACAACGUGCCGGCAUAAUUUUCUAGGAGCAUGAACGGUCAUGCCACGCACACUGUGGUGCUGUCACGAUCCCCCAGCAGUGGGGCCCAGGCCACUAUGAACACAGCCCGGAAGAGAGGGCUUUCGCAUCGGAAACCAGUGGCAUUAGAUACAGGCAUGCGUGUUGGAAAGGCAUAUCAAGCAGAGAUUCCAAGUAUGUUGCCUUCACAAGAACGCCGGCCAGAGCAGUGUCCAGAAAGAGCCUUGUUAGUGUGGGCUCCUAAGCUGGAGAUCAACGAAGAGAGUUUGGAACAGUACAUCUGGUUGGCAAAGGACAAAUACGGGUACAAUGCCGAGCAGGCACUGGGUAUGUUGUUCUGGCAUCGUCAUGACUUGGAGAAAGCAACAGCAGACCUGGCCAACUUCACACCCUUCCCUGAUGAGUGGACAACUGAAGACAAGGUCCUCUUUGAGCAGGCCUUUCAGUUUCACGGGAAAAGCUUUCACCGCAUAAGACAGAUGUUACCAGACAAGACUAUAGCCCAGUUAGUAAAGUACUAUUAUUUGUGGAAGAAAACUAGACAACGAAGUUCUCUAAUUGAUCGACAUGCUCGCAAACACACUGCAAAGCUCCAGCAGGCCACAGAAGGUGGACUGGGAGAUAGCAGCGGAGAUAGAUCUGAUGAAGAUGAAGAAGGACGUGGGGGGGAGGAGACCAAGAACUGCUCGAACUGCACCAUCCCUGCGACCAUCCUCAAUGAGUCUCCCAAGGGACCUCAGUGCCAGACGUGUUACAACCAUUGGAAAAAAAUGGGGUGUCUACGACCAACUGUAGGACCCAUGAAGAGAGAUAAACAGCUGAUCAAGCACAAGCGACGACCACCUCGCGGCAUGCACAUAAACCACGAGGAUCUUAUGGCUAUGGUGGCCCCUGCCCCCCCAGGCCCCCUAGGUGCCCCUACCCAAGGCCAGCAGCUACUGCGACAUAUGGAAAAUGAGGUCAUUGCUCUCAAACGCCAGGUACAGAGUAACAAGGCACAGAUCAGCAACUUGCGAGAAAAUCUGGCCAAGGACGGUAUCAAUUCCCUGAGGCCACCAGGACAAACAGGGCCACUGAAGGCCAAAUGGUCGCAUGAGGAACUUCUGCUGGCUGUGCAAGCCGUGCGAUAUUUUGGAAAGGACUUCAAAGCCAUUGCCGAAAUUGUAGGCAACAAGACAGAGAAUCAUGUGCGAAGCUUUUUUGUGACUUACCGCAAGCGUUACAACUUGGACAAUGUUCUGAGAGAGUGGGAGGAGGAGCAUGGUCCAGUGCGAACCAGUGCAGACGAAUAGUUAGGACUUUGCAUUUGGAAGGCUUUGGAACCGCCCGCCCAUCCUCUCAGAGCCAGCUCCAGCUUGGGGCUGCAGAGAGCUGGGUCAGAAAGUCCUCGUUUCAACUCAUCAUUGUGUGCAUUUUUGGCCAGGAUGUUCAUGUUUCAAAAUGAUUUUUGUAAGUUAUCAUACAGAUUCCUCUCAGUAUUCUUGGAGUUGUCUACGGGUAUUUCAGGGCCUAAGUAGGAUUUUCAUUUUAUUGGCGGAUGAAGAGCAUGCCUAAGAAUCUUACCUUUAGUGGGAGGAUGAAUGGAUGAGGCCUAGGAUACCUGAGGAAAAUCUAGAGUCAUGUUACCUUAACAAGAAUCUAGAAAAAAAAAUAAAAUAUAUAUUGAAAAAUACAAAGUGACAAGUCCCUAAUUGCUAAGGUACUUCUGAGCAGUCAUAAUAUUGUCUUAUACAGUGUUUGCAAAAGUGUUUGUAAAACAUAAUUUUUACAAUGAAUUACUCUUCAUGCAUAUUGCCAUGCAGAAUAUUUGAGUGUUGAGGUUUAUCUGCAUCUGUGUAUAUGUGUAGGUGCAUGUAUACAGUUGUAUACAUACUCAUUCAUAUAUACUCAUCACUGGAUUGUUGAUAACAGUAUUGCAUUAUUUAUUUCUAGGGGAAUUCUUUAGGAACACACCAGGUUGAAGUCUAGGUUGAUUAAAUCUACUUAAUCACAUGCAACCCUAGGAUAUAACUAUUUUACUUCAGUCUGUCAUAAGGUGAUCGUAAAACGGUAUUGCACAUAGUUCCUUGUUGGACACAUGAAAAUGACUAGUGUACAAAUUGUAGAGGUUAAGUAUGCCAAGUGUGAAUUAUCUUUGCCAAUUUUUUCUUGAUGUAUAUAUCAGCAAGUAAUAGUGAGGAGAAAGAAAUGAAAAUACAUGGA